AUAAGCAAAACUACAUAUCCCAGGAAGCAUUAAAAACAUCGGGAGCUUUAUAGAACAGCGCUGCUGCAGACUGUGUGAGGUCCUCGAUCGCUCGCAAUUUGGGGAGCUUUUGGGAAAGCCGUUGGAGAACUACUUCUCGAGACAAGAGUACAACAAUAAAUGCCGUAAUUUCCAUUCGUUGGUUUUACAGACGUCUUCGCUUAGAAUGGGUAAUGGGCUCAAUAAGGUAUGUUAUUCGUUGAUAUACAGCCUAUGCAUGCGCUCCUAAAGCAAAGUUUACGCAUGGUUUCCGAGAAGGCUACAGUAGUUCUGUAGACAGGGGGUUUCAAUGAAUAAUGAAUAUAGAAUGUCAAUCAAACGCGUGUUGUCAAAUGUGUUUAAUACGUGAGUUCUAUUGGUGUUUUAAACACGUAUUACAUCGAAUUUAUAUUGAAUCGUGCACAGUUGCAUAAUACCAUAUUCCACUUAAUACCAUCUGCCAUAAGAGUGUCUGUUUGCCGCUGUAUGUAGGCUACUGGACACUGUACACUUUAAUGACUAGCUGUCUAUCAAAGUACACACAUCCGGUGUGUAGGCGUUGUGCUUUUACAUUCCAACUCCUUGCCUACACAGUGGACAGAUUUCUGUUGAAAAUGAUCUUAGCAUACUACAUUUGGUGAUAUUACUUAUGGGUGUAAUGCAUUGCUGUGUCUUAUCACAUACUGUAGGCUACAUGUCAUCAUGGAUACUUUAGCAAUUGACCUUCUCAAAUGUUGGCUUGGUACUUGGUGUACACAACAGGUGUCAUCAACUCAUUUCAAUUGGAAAAGCUUUCUGCACCUCUCAUCGCUGUCAUUCCAGCUGGGUUUGAGAUGGGGGAGGAGAGGUAUGUGGGAUACACACAGGCACACACAGUGGAUGAAAAAGUACCAAAUGACUCAGGUAAAAGGGAAUGUUACCCAGUAAAAUACUAUUUGAGUAAAAGUCAGUUUUAAAUAUACUUAAGUAUCAAAAGUAAAAGUAUAAAUCAUUUGAAAUUACUUAUAUACGCCAGGACAGCGGAGUCACUGACCACCUUCCGGAGACACUUGAAACCCUACCUCUUUAAGGAAUACCUGGAAUAGUAUAACAAUAAUCCUUCAACCCCUAGUGAGCCAGCCAGAUCAGAGGCGGUAGAGAUGACCAGGGAUGUUCUCUUGAUAAGUGCAUGAAUUGAACCAUUUUCCUGUCCUACUAAGCAUUCAAAAUGUAAUGAGUACUUUUGGGUGACAGGGAAAAUAUAAAUAGUAAAGUAAAAGUACAGAUAACCCCAAAAACGACUUAAGUAGUACUUUCAAGUAUUUUUACUUAAAUACUUUACACCACUGCACACACACACACACACACACACACACACACACACACACACACACACACACACACACACACACACACACACACACACACACACACACACACACACACACACACACACACACACACACACACUCACACACACAGAUCCUCCAUUAACAUGUCUUAUUAUCACUAUUAUUUUGUGUGGCAUCAGAGUGACCUGUGUCAUUUAUGUGAGCUCACUCUCCUCUGAUAUUUGGUGUCAAACUAAAUAUACUGUCUCUGGACCUCCAUGUUGUCUUUUCUUGAGAACACAGGCUAUAUAUUUGAGUUUCAUCUUUCCUGUCAAUAGUGGUACAGGAGUAUAGGCCCAGGGGCUUGUGUUUUGAGUAGUAAUAUGGUUGCUUAGCCUAGUUAUUUGUGUAAUGAAUGAAAUGCUUGUUGUAAUUAUGUCAGGUUUAAGAACACUGGUGAAUGUAAACAACAGGUCACACAUUAAUAUUGAAUGCUUACCUUCCCGUAGGUCCUGCCUGACUUGUACUUGGGAAACUUCAAAGGUAAGUGUUUCUUCCCAACUGUACUGGUCAAAGGCUUGAGCUAAGGAUAAGACCAAUGAAGACACCCCUUCAUCAUUUUCCCUUCCAGUACAUUUCAGUGGCACAUUCAUAUUUGAGAACAUUCUAUGAAUAUUUAAUAGAUGAUUAAUGUGUUUGUCAUUCAAUAAUUGUUUUCCUUUAGAUGCGAGGGACAGGGAACAGUUAGCAAGGAACAACAUCACACACAUCCUCUCCAUCCAUGACAGUGCAGCCCCUAUCCUGCCGGUAAGAAAACAUUUCCCAGUGGACCAUUCGCUAGAUCAAAAUGGCUAAAUACCUCAUCAGACAUUUUUUACGCAUGAGGCUAUUAUAUGAAUGUACGUGAUCUAAUGACACCUGACACAUGUAUUAACACACGUUCGUUAAUGCCUGUCUGUAUCAUACGCGCGCACAAAAUCCAGUUUCAAAAUCCAAUUUAGAUGGAUGUUAAUGUUACAAAUCAAGAUUUUCAAAUAAAUGGACAGUCCCCAUGACAGUCCCCAUGACUGCUCUUCCCAUAAGAGCAUGGUGUAUGUUUGCCCCUGGACCAGUCUGUCAGGUAAUUCAGGACAGCAGUAUGCGAAUGUGGCUUAGUGUGUAAUAUUAGACUAGGCCCCAUCCCAAACAAAACAGGUUCACGUUACUUCAAUAGAAAGAAUUUGUUGGAGCCUGUCUGAGCUCUGUGGGAGGGUGUAGGCGAGGGAGUAGGUGGCAGAGAGGAGGAUUCAUUUGAGUUUCUGACCCAGUGCUCUGGCUCUAGCUUGUGUGGGAUUUGGUGUUCUCGAAUUCUACUACUCCCUACAGAAACUAGCACGGUCUGUCCCAUUCCUUUACUUCCUCACUACAGCUGCCAUCCCACCAUCAUAAACACAGUCUAUAGGAUAGGACCUGGUGUGGAAGCUUACGUAAUGUUUUCCCAUUCCUUUACUUCCUCACUACAGCUGCCAUCCCACCAUCAUAAACACAGUCUAUAGGAUAGGACCUGGUGUGGAAGCUUACGUAAUGUUUUCCCAUUCCUUUACUUCCUCACUACAGCUGCCAUCCCACCAUCAUAAACACAGUCUAUAGGAUAGGACCUGGUGUGGAAGCUUACGUAAUGUUUUUUGUUGUUUGCAGAAACACUUGUAAGACUGAGAAUUCAGCAUUAUGUAAUAGUGUGUACAGAGUGGUGUUUACAACGAUCCUGUCGGCAUACUUUGCCUAUUAGAUUGUAAUUGUGUUAGAGCAUAUAACAGUUGGCUGUUUUCCUGCAGGAGAUUACCUAUCUAUGCAUCUCAGCAGCAGACCUGCCCACACAAAACCUGUAAGUACCCUAACACACAGCACCACACAGUACACAAGGCUACCAUACAGAACAGAACAGCACCGGACUGAAGCAGACUAGACCAGUCAGAUCCAUUCUACAGAACAGAACAGCACCGGACUGAAGCAGACUAGACCAGUCAGAUCCAUUCUACAGAACAGAACAGCACCGGACUGAAGCAGACUAGACCAGUCAGAUCCAUUCUACAGAACAGAUCAGCACCGGACUGAAGCAGACUAGACCAGUCAGAUCCAUUCUAUCCAGCGCACACAUACUGUGUGGGCGUCUCUAGUUCAUGUUCUCCUGAUAUGAAAAUGAUAUGAUUCACAUGCUCACCAGUUGACUGUGAAUCAAAGCACUGAAUAAAUCACUAGAUGACUAGGCGACUCAGCUUCUGAUAUCUCUAAUGAGAAACCAUGGAAUGAUUUUUACACAUUAGGAUUAAGACACAAACACAUGCAGAGAUGUACUGAGCACCCACAGAUCAACAUAUACAUACAUAAAUAGGUGGAUAGAUAGAUGCUGUAAAAAAAAACAUGCCUAUAUGCACACACACACAGUGCGUAGAGUGCAGGAUGUCUGGUCCUCUAUGCAGGAAGGAACAGGAAGUCUCUGGUUAUUUACUGCAGAGUUGCCUUGUCCGUCUGCACUGCAUCUCUAUUUUUAUAACACCCCCAAAAAAACAUGCACGUACGCACGCACACACACACACACACACACACACACUCACACCCAGGCACCCAGAUGUCGCUGUCAACUCCCCUGUUACCCCCACGUCUCUCCAGCAAGGUGUGUGAAACCAGCAAGCGAAAUGUAAAACUGACCCUGGCUAGCCAGAGAUGGACACAGACACCACUUGCUCAUCCUGGUCCUGUCAGGAGGAUAGAUGGAUAGCCCUAGGGCCUAGAAGAACACACACAUGCUCACCCCUAUGGCCCUCCCCUCACCCAUACCCUUCACUGCUCGCACACCACAGGCGGCCGGUGGCACCUUUAUUGGGGAGGACGGGCUCAUGGAAUGCUAUCGAACACAUCAAACACAUGGUUUCCAUGUGUGUUUUUCCGCCUUUCCAUUCACUCCAUUCCAGCCAUUAUUAUGAGUCGUUCUCCCCUCAGCAGCCUCCUGUGUCGCACACCCUUAACCACUCAUCCCCCCACUUUCUAUGACUGGGGUGGAGGGCCCGUUUCAGUUUUACAGUUUUUUUGGCAACUUUAAUGUUACUUGUCCUAUAUGAUUUGUCUUCCACAACAGAUACAAUUUUGUUACCUUUCUGGGAAUGGUAACUGGUUUGUUAUUGUGUUAUGACCUGCUUAUGACCAUACAUAACCUGUACAGUGAGGGAAAAAAGUAUUUCAUCCCCUAAUGAUUUUGUACGUUUGCCCACAGACAAAGACAUGAUCAGUCUAUAAUUUUAAUGGUAGGUUUAUUUGAACAGUGAGAGACAGCAUAACAACAAAAAAAUCCAGAAAAAACGCAUGUCAAAAAUGUUAUAAAUUGAUUUGCAUUUUAAUGAGGGAAAUAAGUAUUUGACCCCUCUGCAAAACAUUACUUAGUACUUGGUGGCAAAACCCUUGUUGGCAAUCACAGAGGUCAGACGUUUCUUGUAGUUGGCCACCAGGUUUGCACACAUCUCAGGAGGGAUUUUGUUCCACUCCUCUUUGCAGAUCUUCUCCAAGUCAUUAAAGUUUUGAGGCUGACGUUUGGCAACUCGAACCUUCAGCUCCCUCCACAGAUUUUCUAUGGGAUUGAGGUCUGGAGACUGGCUAGGCCACUCCAGGACCUUAAUGUGCUUCUUCUUGAGCCACUCCUUUGUUGCCUUGGCCGUGUGUUUUGGGUCAUUGUCAUGCUGGAAUACCCAUCCACGACCCAUUUUCAAUGCCCUGGCUGAGGGAAGGAGGUUCUCACCCAAGAUUUGACGGUUCAUGGCCCCGUCCAUCAUCCCUUUGAUGCAGUGAAGUUGUCCUGUCCCCUUAGCAGAAAAACACCCCCAAAGCAUAAUGUUUCCACCUCCAUGUUUGACGGUGGGGAUGGUGUUCUUGGGGUCAUAGGCAGCAUUCCUCCUCCUCCAAACACGGCGAGUUGAGUUGAUGCCAAAGAGCUCGAUUUUGGUCUCAUCUGACCACAACACUUUCACCCAGUUCUCCUCUGAAUCAUUCAGAUGUUCAUUGGCAAACUUCAGAUGGCCCUGUAUAUGUGCUUUCUUGAGCAGGGGGACCUUGGGGGCGCUGCAGGAUUUCAGUCCUUCACAGCGUAGUGUGUUACCAAUUGUUUUCUUGGUGACUAUGGUCCCAGCUGCCUUGAGAUCAUUGGCAAGAUCCUCCCGUGUAGUUCUGGGCUGAUUCCUCACCGUUCUCAUGAUCAUUGCAACUCCAUGAGGUGAGAUCUUGCAUGGAGCCCCAGGCCGAGGGAAAUUGACAGUUAUUUUGUGUUUCUUCCAUUUGCGAAUAAUCGCACCAACUGUUGUCACCUUCUCACCAAGCUGCUUGGCGAUGGUCUUGUAGCCCAUUCCAGCCUUGUGUAGGUCUACAAUCUCGUCCCUGACAUCCUUGGAGAGCUCUUUGGUCUUGGCCAUGGUGGAGAGUUUGGAAUCUGAUUGAUUGAUUGCUUCUGUGGACAGGUGUCUUUUAUAGAGGUAUCAAGCUGAGAUUAGGAGCACUCCCUUUAAGAGUGUGCUCCUAAUCUCAGCUCGUUACCUGUAUAAAAGACACCUGGGAGCCAGAAAUCUUUCUGAUUGAGAGGGGGUCAAAUACUUAUUUCCCUCAUUAAAAUGCAAAUCAAUUUAUAACAUUUUUGACAUGCGUUUUUCUGGAUUUCUUUGUUAUUCUGUCUCUCACUGUUCAAAUAAACCUACCAUUAAAAUUAUAGACUGAUAAUUUCUUUGUCAGUGGGCAAACAUACAAAAUCAGCAGGGGAUCAAAUACUUUUUUCCCUCACUGUAUGUGUGUCAUUCUCAGGACACAGCACUUCAAACAAAGCAUCAUGUUCAUGCACGAGUCCCGGCUGAAAGGAGAGGGCUGUCUGGUCCACUGGUGAGUCAUAAGAUACAAAACUUCUUAAUUUGUCCAUCUGCUACUGUAUCUCUGGGUUUAUCUGAGUGCUCACAAGUGAACCCAUGUGUGACUAUGGUAAGCAGCACAUAGAUUACACAGAAGGCUAUUUUUGAACUUCCCCAAAGAACAAUCUUGAUUUGAAUGUAUCGUGUUGUUAGACUAUCUGAGAAAUAUAGAAGAUCCUUCCUUUAUUUACAUUUUCUAAUGUUGCCUCCACAGCCUCUAUCUUUGACUUCCAAUUCAAUUAAAUGUAUGUCUAUUAAUGACCUGCUGAUGUCCAUGCCCUUUAUCUCUAUCAUGGCCAUGCCUGCUCCUAUACAUCUCUGCUUAACCAUCCAUUCCUCUCUUCAUGCAGUCUGGCGGGUGUGUCUCGCAGUGUCUCCCUGGUGGUGGCCUACAUCAUGACAGUGACAGGGCUGGGCUGGCAGGAGGCUCUGGCUGCUGUGAGGGUGGCUCGGCCAUGCGCUGGCCCCAACCUGGGGUUUCAGCGCCAGCUCCAGGAGUUUGAGACCACUCACGCUGACCAGGUCAAUACAGAGGGGGAUAGAGGGUGGACAGAGGGGAAGAUGUCAGUCUAGGUACAGGUGACAGUGAAAGAUAUGCAGGCACUCUUGGAGGAAAUGGAAGUUCAAUAAAAAUGAGUUUCUUAUCAUUAAACAUUUAUGUAUUAAGCAUUAAAGCCUUCAGAGAGAAGAGUAGCCUCAUAGUUACUUGAGGAAGAGAAUACAGCUGCCUUAGUAGACAAGAAUAUUGACAUACUGUAUGUUGUUGUCUGUCUCUGCAGUACAGGGAGUGGCUUCGGCAGGAGUACAAAGAGAGUCCCUUCAAUGACGAGGAUGACAUCCGCAUCCUGUUGGCCAGGAGUCUCAAACCCAACGGGGUGGCGGUGAAGGUGAAUGUUGAGCUGCCCACCCCUCCAGGAUUGCAGGGUACCUGAGACCCCUUAUCCAGGUCUUAAGGCUUGCAUUGGGGGAUGAUACCACUCUAGCCCCG